AGCACAUGCAGGAUCUCAGUGUGCUGGCAUCCGAAACACAGCAUCAGGCUCUCUGUGGACUUUUGUGCGCGCAUCGAAUCUGCUUCAGGAGAAAUGCUUUCACAAGUGAAUAAUCCACCUAAAAGAGUUACAAACAUCUUUGGAUUUUAUUAACAAAGAAUGUCAGGGUCAGAAACAUCUCCAGUCUGGUGUUAUUUUUGGAGUUAUUAAGAAAAGAGUUUGCCCUGUACUUAAGGAUUGGUGCCUUUUGUUUUAUUAAUGUUUUUGGAAAACGCUGUGGUUUGCUCAUCUCCAACCAAGAGGAGCUGCUGAUGCGCUGCCGGUCAAAAAGUACAUUCUGAUGGUGUAAAGACAUGAGACCGGAUGAUAUCAACCCACGUACUGGACUGGUGGUGGCUUUGGUGAGCAUAUUUCUUGUAUUUGGUUUUAUGUUUACUGUUUCUGGAUUUAAAGGGGAGACAUUGGGAUCCAUCCCACUGCUUGCAAUAGGGCCAGCCAUUUUUCUACCCGGAGUGGCAGCUAUAACUCUGGCAAGGAGGACAGAUGGUUGUACAAAAUGGCCUUAUAAACAGUGUACCUGCUGCUGUAAGAAGGGAAAAGACAAGGAGGACGUAGAACUUCUGAAGACCCCGUCAGAUAUGGAGUCUGGCAAAGGGAGCUCGAAUGAGCUGGACAAAAAAGCUAAACCAAAGGAAAAAGACGAGGACUGUGAAUCUAACAAAAUCACCACAAUAGGGGAUUCCAGGACGCUUGCUAUGAAGGGAGAUGGAGACGACGGGCUUAAGUGCCUGGAUCAAUGCUAUUCUACAAACACAUUACCUGGAGGAGUAGAGAACCAUAACACAUGCUCAGUUUUUGAUAAAAAGAUUACUGCGGACCGAAUAAUAUACACUGCUACAGAGGAGAAAGUUACUCUAGAUCCCAGAGACAGUGAUGCAGAUGCCUAUCCUCAAGGAGGGGACAAUUCUUAUAACAGGUAUUGCUGUUAUGUAAAACCAACAGAAGUGAGCUGGGACCAAGAGACCAUUGUCUAAAACCUAAUAAUAAUGCACAUAUUCACACUAUACAAGAAUGUUUUUGCACUGCAUGACUGAUCUAAGCCUUUUCAAAAAACAAUACAGGUGCUUAUGUCUGGCGGUCUCCUUUUGAAAGUGUGUUGUUGCAGAUCAGCAUGUCUAGGGUCAUGGGUCUCCUGUUUCCUUUUUUGAUAGUUCUGGCCAAACACAGUGCCUUGCGAUGGAGCUGGACAUGCGCGCAGCAAGCAUGACUGAUCACCAAUAGGACAACAGGCAGGGAUAACAGCUCAGGCAAACUGCAUAACACACUGACGAUACACCAAUAUGCUGAAUGCCAAGUUGCUGCAAGAACACUUUUGUUUAUUAUAAAUCAUGUAUGACCCAAAUUAUAAUUACAUGUGGAGAAACAGGUACUUAGACCUUCCUGGUAAUUUUGUAAGUUGAAGCUUAGCACUGCAAUUAUUUGCUAACAGACGUCUGCUGAUAAACGACAUAAUCUUCAGUAUAAUUGU